CGGGAUGUGACGUAGCGGAUUUGACGUGAUUCAACAUGGCGGCGUUGACGUCCUUGGUGUUGAAGUCUCGAGCAGGGCUCCUGCUCCCCGGUCAGUCUCUUCUGCUGGACUCCGUGAGGUUUGCCUCUAAAAAAGCUGGAGGCAGCUCCAAGAACCUGGGAGGGAAGAGCCCGGGCCGCAGAUACGGCUUUAAAAAACAAGAUGGUAACUUUGUUCGUGCUGGAUACAUCCUGGCCACACAGAGGCACCUGAGGUACCACCCCGGGGCUCAUGUGGGCAUGGGCACCAACAACACCCUGUUCGCUCUGGAGGACGGACACGUGUGCUUCACUAAAGAGGUGUACAUCCCCCCGCCGCGCAGCACCGAGUCCAAAGACGUCAUCUCCAGACUGCCCCGAGGAACCGUGCUCUACAAGACCUUCAUCAACGUCCUGCCCGUCAAACAGGAGGGAAAGUUCAGACUGGUGGACUUAGUCUGAGCGCGGACUCGACUAAAGACACUUUGACAUUCUGGGUUGUGUUAUAUUACGCUCUUCUCUGAUCUGUGUUCUAAUGUUGUUUCCUCAUCACGUUUUGUUUUAUUCACACAUGUUUACUUUGUUCCACCUUGUGAUGUCAUGUGGUAAUACAGAGCUCCAUUGUGUGUGUGUGUGUGUUUUUUAUUUUUAUUUAAGACCUGGAAUUGCCGAUCUCUACUUCACUAAAGGUAAAAGGAGCUGUUAACUUGAACUCUACCACUACAUGACAUCAGAGCAUUUUGAGCUUUGGAGAUGUACACAGACUAUUAAAGUUUCUAUUUAACGUUUUUUAAACUUUACUGAAACAAAACACAACUCCAGCUCUGUUUUUGAUGAGGUAACAACAUUAUAACAUGGCUUAAAACUCCCAAGAGUCAAUUCAUUGUAAUAAAGGACCUUUCAGUGUUGGACUAGGGGCUUGCAUGUCUUCUGCCUGAUAUGUCGCCCAUCUCUAGUUCAGUUCUAGAUCGGUUAAUGACAUUAAAAAUCACUUCAUCUUUUUUUCAAAUCCUGCAGCUGGAUAUAUCAUUAUGUAAUAUACCAUAUAAGGCGAAUGUUCCAACAUUCUCAUUUCAGUUGUGUGAUGAAAGUGUGUUGUUUUUAUACAUGUUAAAUAUAACUUAUAUAAAUCA